GUAGCAAUGUCCAACAACAAUCAAGAAUCGGACAAUCUCGAACACGUGUACAAGCAAAAGCGGAUCCUCCGCACCGAAGUUCGUCAAGCCCUCAAGUUGAUGGAUACCUCCCUCCGAUUCCGAGAAGAUGAUAUAGUCCAGAAUAUAGUUUUGGAAGCUUCAUGGUUCAAAUCAAGUAAGAGAUUAUGUGCUUAUAUAAGCUGCAGUGCUUUACGAGAAGUUGAUACCUCUAAAUUGAUAUAUCAAAUUCUGCACAAUUCCUCGGCUCCGGAUGUUAGUAUGCCUCAGACUACAAAAAAACUUUAUGUUCCUCGUGUCGAGGACAAGAAUAGUAACAUGAGGAUGUUUAACAUCUCGCACAUGGAUGAUUUAGUUGCGAAUUCCAUGAACAUUUUGGAACCUGCUUUAGUUGAUGCCGACGGAAACGAACGCGAAGAUGUGAUGCACGCAAACGAUCCUGUCGAUUUGUUCAAUCAAGGCGUUGAAAUGGUGCUGGUGUUUUGUUCGAAAGUGUACCAGCAGGAGAUUGCAUAG